AUGAAUACCCGUCUAAAAGAACUAGGCUCCCAACAGCCCCCAGUGUUCAGAAUAAACCUCUCCCGCCCACCAGAAGAGCGCUACACAGCCCUAGCCUAUAUCUACAAAGACCGAAUGCGCUCAGUAACCAGCAUAUUCGACGACGUGAUCCACAACCUCUCCCCCAACAUCCCAACAAAACCAAUCCACUGGCUCGCGCGUCUCUUCCUGCGCAGACUCUACACAGACGAAGAAACCGCCGAGAUUCGCGGCAUCAGCCGCGUAACCGGAGUCGAUCUGUACCUCCUAAUCUGUCUAAACGUGGUCCUGGAUCUAUUAAUGGGCUGCACAAGCGGCGGCGUACGAAUGCUCGACGGACUCUGGACCCGAAUGGUCCAUUUCCGCACCUUAGACUGGGGAAUGGAUCCACUGCGCUCUCUAAUCGUGCAACUUGAAUUCGUGCGCGACGACGCGCCGGAUAAAGUGCUCGCGACGUGCAUCACGUACGUCGGGUUCGUGGGUAUUCUCACGGGUGUGCGGAAAGAUCUGAGCGUUUCGCUGAAUUUCCGGGCAGUGCAUGACUCGCGUCGGAAUUUCGGGUUUUAUUUGAACUAUUUGCUUGUCUUACUUGGUUUGCGACAGUCUAUUACGUCGUUGCUGAGACAGUGUGUUCUUCCUGGUGUGGAGGGUGAGGGAUCUGCGAGACUUUCGAAUACUUCGACCUUGGAGGAGAUCCUGAAUGAGGUUCCUUCUUUGCGUACGACGGCUGCGUACUUGAUCUUCUGUGAUGGGAGUAGUAUUGUUGCGAUGGAGAAGGACUAUGGGACUGCGGUCUGGCGGAGGUCGAGUUCUUUCCUUAUCAAAACCAAUCAUGAUGAGGAUACAAUAUCGGUUAUGGAGGAGGCUAUCGCGAAUGAUCGAGGAUAUACCGGUCUGCGUGUGGUGGACGGUAUGCAAAGCAUGGCGGAGAUUAUUGAGGAGAGUAAAGAGCGGCAGGCGUCCAUGCAGGGAAAAUGGGAUCGCAGGGUGCUGGAUCAUGGGGUUUUCCAACAACAACUAAAGAAGCGGAGAGUUAAGAAUGCUGCUCUUCCCCAUUCCCAGCCAGUGCAUUUGAAGUGGAAACGGAAUACGAAUAUAGGAGAAGAUCCUGAAUCUGAGGUAUCGGUUACUCUUGGGACAGUACUCGGGUGGCUUUGCUCGGACCCGAUUGUUAAUGAAGAUACUCAUUACGCGGUGUUGAUGGAUCCUGCUGAAGGCAGGUUCAUUUAUUCAGGACAGUUUCCAGCUAAUUCAUCAUAG